AAGUUCCGCGGUCGUCCGCCGACUCGAUGCGGCGCUGACGUGCGAUACGAUACGCUAAACUAGUGUUUCCACCGUGAAAUCACCAGUGUUAUUUGUUUAUACCUACUAUGGCUUUGAUUACAUGGCCCCAAGGAUCGGUUGUCGAUAGUGUGGUGUACUGUACGUGUGUAUGUGAAGUUUGAAGCGACUAAUAUUGUGAAACGAGUCUGCCGUGUUCGUUUGUGUGCCGGAUUGUGAUUAAAAGUAAUUUACUUUGCGUUUACCGUGUAGAGGGUCGGUCGGUACGUAUCGAUCGCAUAUUGAAACAAAGCCGUGGAUUGUUUUGGCGGCGUGGAGACCGGUGGAGCUCGAGGUGUGACGCGCUGUCUCUGGUGCUUGGAUCGCAUGGUGUUGAAGUGAUGGUGCAUUAGAUGGUGCGACUCCUGCAGUGAUAGUGUUAACUAUAGUGCUAUUUGGUGCUGCAUGGAUUGUGUUUGUUUGGGAUUGCCAUCGCCGGUCACCGAUAGAUCCAGUUGGGAACGGGCUACAAUGGUGUGGUGGCGCGCGGGGCUGCGGGGGGCGGGCGCGGGCAGCCGGCGCGCAUGGCGGCGCCAAUGAGGGAGGGCGCGCCGGCCGGCGGAGCUCGCCCCGCGCCCCACGCGCACCCCGCCAACUUCGAGUACGAUGACAACGAGUGGGACAUCGGCAUCGGCGACCUCAUCAUAGACCUCGAUGCCGACAUAGAGAAGACCGACGAGGCGGGCGGCAUGGCGGCGCGCGCCGAACCCGACGCGCAGCGCACCGCGCUCAAGAUGAAGAUCAAGCGCACCAAGCCCGGCACAAAGAGCUGCGAGGCCAAGCACGAGAUCGUUAAGUCGAACGAGAUGAACGGCGAGCCCAAGCCCACGCCUACCGCCGCGGCCGCCGCGCCCGCGCCCGCGUCCGCUGCCAAGCGCGGCUCGGGCGGCCACCGGCGCGACAAGGCCCGCGACAAGCACCACCACCCGCACCCGCCGCACGACGUCAACGGCGUGGCGCGCGUGCCGCCACCGCCCAACGCGCCCGGCCCGCCCGCGCCGACGCCGUCCGCGCCGCCGCCCGCGCCCGCGCCGCACGCGCCGCACGCCGCGCCCGCGCCGCCCAAGCCCGAGCCCCGGCCCGUCGCGCGGCUCGAACCCAAGCCCGCCACGCCGCCCUCGCCGGCGCCCGCUGCGCCAGCGCCCGCGCUGCCGGCACCGCCCGCGCCCGCGCCGCCCCCUCCCGCCAAGCCCGAGCCCGACGACUCGCGGCAGGAACACGCUGCGCAACCCCCUUUGAAGAAACAGAAAACGGAAACCAAGGAGACUGCUGAAGUAUGCGUCGGCACUUCAGUGGGAACGAUCACAGAGCCAGACUGCCUAGGGCCAUGCGAGCCUGGUACCUCGGUCACGCUGGAGGGCAUCGUGUGGCACGAAACGGAAGGUGGUGUGUUGGUAGUGAACGUGACGUGGCGAGGGAAGACCUACGUCGGGACCUUACUGGACUGCACGAGACACGAUUGGGCCCCGCCCCGGUUUUGUGACUCACCCACCGAGGAGUUGGACGCCCGGACGCCCAAGGGGCGCGCGAAACGCGGCCGCGGCGCGGCGCCCACGGACAUGACAAACUUCACGGAAACGCGCUCCUCAGUGCACAGUAAGCUUCGCAACGGAGGCGCCAAAGGUCGGCGAGCGCUGCCUUCUCCCACACCCUUCACUCCUCCCAAACCGGAUUCAAAGAGGAAGAGGAACUCCGAUGCAGAAGAGCGCCCGCCGACGCCUAAAGCCAAACGUCCUCCACCUACCCCCUCAUCUCCACCUCCCGACCCUGUCUUACUCGAAUGUCCAGAGCCAAACUGUAAUAAAAAGUACAAACACGCGAACGGUUUGAAAUACCACCGAUCGCAUGCCCACGGUUCACCCGACGAAGACGAUAAAGACGGUUCUAGUUCGGAGCAGGAGGAACCGACUGUGGAACCAGCGUCACCCGCGCAACCUCCAUCCGAACCGGCCACACCGGCGACGCCUGUAAAGUCUCCCACACCAACGAAGUCACCGGAGGAAAAGAGUGAUAAGUCUCCGGAAAAGUCACCAGAGAAGCCUGAGGUGGUCGAAUCUCCGCCUCAGCCGAGGUUCGAGGAGUUUGCGACGACUCCUGAACCUGCGCCGCAAGUGGAGCGGCCAGUGACUCCUCCAGCACCGUCGACUCCGCCGCCUGAAUCGCUGCCUACCUUACAACCGGCUACUCAGUUAACGCAAUUCAAGGUUAAACCCCGUUCAGCGCUAAUGCCGUCAGAAGAGCGCAAGUCUACCGAAUCUCCCCCCGACGGCUCGCCGGGCAAGCGGCGCGCGCGGCGCUCCCCCACCCCCGGCGUGCGCUCCCCCGCCUACUCCGACAUAUCAGACGACGCCGCGCCGACAGAGGGCGCGCCUGAAGCCGACGCUGGCCACAGACCGUUCCCAGUGUAUCAUCAGUACUACGGUCAGCCGCCAUACUUGCCUCCAUCACAUCCCACCAGUGCGCCGCCUCCCUCAGACAAGGGUAAAGAAGACCUCUCGAAAGGAGAUCCCAAGAACGACCUUAAGAUGCGUGAGUUUCCUGAUUAUCGACAGCAACCAAACACGGAUGGAAAACCAGAUGGAGGACCGCAAAAAGUGCUACCACCCCAUUUCUACCCAUACAACUAUGUUCCAAAUUUUCCUUACAACGUGGAAUCCGGGCCACCCCCUGGACCGCCCCUAGAUGACAAAUCCAAGGAAUCAGACCGUUCGAAAACUACUCCAAGCCCCCUAGACAAGAGUAAACCGCAGAGGCCACCCGAUGGAAAGGACCCGACGAGACCGAACGAAAACCAUCAGAUCUUAAAAGAGAGUAUAGAAAUGAAAGCCCAAAUGGGACCGUACUCCUUCCAAAGACCCCCGCACGCGAGAGAAGAGGAAUUGAGGAGAUACUACAUGAGUCUCGAGCAGCGUCGAAAGGAAGGUGGCGACGGUAAGCCAGUGGGAGCACCGCCCGGGCCUCCAGGGCAAGGCGGUCCGCCUCGGCCUCAGCCUGCUCACAAGCCCAAGGACAAGGAUGACAAACCUAAAGAGGAGGUUAAGGUAAAACAGGAGGGUCAAAAGCCGACAACGGAGACACAAGGGCCGCCGCCGCCGCCUACGUCCCAAUACUACCUGCCGCCGUACAUGCAGCCGCCUCAUUACGGAGGCCUGCCGUUCGACCCCGUGUACCGAGCUCCCUUGAGUCCCAUGCUCGUUGGUAGCUUCGGUGGAGGCUGGUCGGUACCAAGGUAUCAUGCACCAGAGGAUCUCUCACGGCCGGGCGCGCCCGCCAAGCUGGAAUUGCUGCCGCCGGGCCACGGCGCGCAGUACGCAUACGGACCGCACUCUGCGCCGCACAAGAUCCAUGAGUUGCAAGAGCACGCCAAGUCCCCGCAGGGCAAGCCGCCGAGGCCCGAGCCCCCAAAGGAGUCCCCGCGCUCGCCGCCGCCCCAGCGCCAUGUGCACACACACCAUCACACGCACGUUGGGCUCGGCUACCCGCUGUAUCCGCCGCCUUAUCCAGGAGCGCGAUAGCAUACGGCCGAAAAGCGGCCCAGCACCGCGCAAGUGUAACUAAGUGUAACCAAGUGUCACUAAAGUGUAAAAGUGUGGACAUAGAAAGAUGUGAUUCGGGAAAGAGUAGUGGCGAAAGUGGAAGUUACAUAGAGACAUUAACAGAGGAUUGUAUGUUCCAGCGGCCGCCGUCCUAGCGAGCACGCAAGCUGUAGUCAACUCCUUCCCGACACCGCCCAAGUGAGCGAACAAUCACGGAUAGUACAAGAGCCGGCGUUAACUUAUUCUCGGACAUCAAGUUCGAUCGACGACAACGAAAGUGACCCGAGCGUCGCGUUUCAAAUCAAAUUUCGAUAAGCACUAUCGAAUACGUAUAAAAAUUAACGGAUGUGACAAAAUAAAACUAUUCGUAAUGUGACAGUGAAAUUAACUUUUACGUGUUUCGCUUCAAUGCCAGUAGCCAUUAAAAACUGUGAUCUCGCGUGACCCACGAUGUGUAAGUGCGCUUUGAAUGUUUUAGUAUGUGAACUAAUAGUUACCUGAUUUUUAGUUGACUGUGGUAUCGAUGAACUCCUAAACUGGAUGUUGUGAAAGUGUAAACGUCGGAUGUCGGACAAUCAAGGACUGCGUGCGCCGACGUUAACUUUUAACUUUUAAUUUGACUAGUAAAAGCACAAACUAGUUCUGUACAUAUUAGUGUUAUGUGUAAAUUGCCCUACUAUUUUUUAGUCUCCUGUUGAUCAAAGUGUAAUUAUAAAUCAUUGAACUCUCUGAUUCUUCCUCCGGGCAUUGUACUGAUGUUUGAAGCCCCGUAAAAUUGUACCCGAAUUCAGUGUGUAUUAAGAUCUUUAUUUAUGAAAAGUGCAUUCCACAAAACAAAAUCAAGCGUACCUAGUUUUAAUGUUAAGAUUAAUUGAUAUUUAGAUAAUGUAGUUUAAGAUUAAAGGCGUCAAUGUGAUCAUCGUAACAAUAUAGUGUGAGAUGGGGAAAAGAUAUCCUAAUUAAUUAAUUAAUGAAAAUUAUUAUUGCUCUUCUAUUAGCCUAGACUAACAAAGACCCUUUAUACCAUAACGACUGAACGUAAAACGCUUAAAUUAGGAUAAUUGGCUACGAAACUAUUUUCGUUAACUUAAUUAAUUUAAACUUCAGUUUACAUGUUACUCUUUUUAAAAUAAUAUUAAAUAUCCACCAGGACUUCAUACUUCCAGGUGAAUUGUUAGUCUAAGCAUUAUAGAAAUAAAGCGACAAAUUAUGUCACGGACACAAUACAUGCCAUCAAAAUUGCAAAGCUAUUCAACGUCUUAGUAUAUUUGUAUAAACAUAAAUUGAAGCUUGUAUUUUGGCUAAAGAUACUAAUCUGUUGUCACUCGACGCUCGUGGAGACGCGUGGCGUGUUGUUAAUGUGUCCGCGACAUUAUUCCUCGUGUAUAAACGCCAUAGGUAAUCCUUAGGCCGCCUCUGGGACUAAAUAUGUGUAGUGUGCACAAAUCGCACUGUCUCUAUGAUUGAGAAGCGAAUAUUUAUAACGUAGAGAGCAACCUAUAGAGUCGUGGAGUGUUUUGAAUAUCGCUGUGCGUAUGUAUGUUUGGCUUUUAAACGAUAAAUGUAUAAAAAAAUCUCAUAUUCUCAAAAUACAAGGGAUUAGAGUUUCCGUACCUUCCGUACUGCACCGUAGUUAAGGGCUGCAUUUUUGAAUGUGUGUAAAUGUUGUAUUUUUUUUUUUCAACUGUUUUUGGAUGUAUUUGGUAUUGAUUUUGGUAAAUAAAAUGUCUUCCUGUCGUGAUUCUGAUUGUUAAACGACUGCUGUUGUUAAGUUGACAUUUCAACAUUUCCUGUACAGUCGGCUACACAUGGAUUAAAUGAAUAUUUAUAUUUUUUACAUAAUAGAUUAAUUUGAUUAUUAUUAAUUAUAACAAAAGCGAUUAAACUCUAUAACAUAAUACUCUGUAUUAUCAUGUAAUUUAUAUUUAAUUUUUGACCAAAUAAAUACAAAUUAUUUUAUGACAUUACAAGAGAUUUAUACAUUUUGUUUAUUUUUAAUUUUUGAAAACAACUAAGAUUUUUGAAUAAGAUCCAUGUGUACCUGAUUUGUGACAGUUAAAUCUUAACUACAUGUUAUUCACAAUUUGUUACGUCAAACGUUACCUCGUAAAACACAAUUUUAGGAGGCUGUUUAAAAAAGUUACGUGUCAAAAACCAAUGUUUUUUUCAAGUAUUUAUAAUUUUAAAGUUACUUGAAAACAUUAGUUUUGUCUCGGAAAUUUUUUGAGAGUUAAAAAUAUCCUUCUGUAAAAUUAUGUUUUUUUGAGAUAUCACGUUAAUGGAGACGUUUGACGUCAUAAAAUGCGAUUCACCAAUCAGGGCCCUGAUCUAGUGUCAGCACAUAAGUGUUAUUGUAUUUUAAGUAUAUAAUUACCCAAGUGUAUUUAUAGAUGGAAGAAACACGAUGAUUGAGCGCAUUUUCAACAUAAAUGUAGUGUACCUCUAUAGCGGAGUUCGCAAUUGUGCACUAUCAUAUUGAUGAUACACUACCUCGUAGGUCCAGUGGUUAGCCUAUAUGACCUUGGAUUACGAGGUCCUGGGUUCGAGUCCUUUUCGGGCUGUAAAAUAGGCUGAUAUUUAUGAUUUUAAUACUGCCUUAUCUAAUUGCUUCAAAUAUAAUUUUUUUGAUAUAUUAUGAAAAUUGUUUGAUAAAAAAACAUAACCAGUUAUUUUGAAUAAAACUGAUUAUCAAUAAAAAAAUCAAUUGAAUUUGUUAAAUUGUUAAUUUUUUGCUGUAGUUGCUAAUUCAAUAUUUUGUAAUAAAAUAAUGAGAGAUUUAAAAUCAUUGAAUAACUUCAAUAAAUUAAAUGUAUAAAUGAGUGAAUGAGGCGAAGUUGUUUUAUUUUUUUAUAAAAUAAAUCAUUAUCUAAUUGGUUUUUAGUAGUAACAUCUUUUAAUAAUAGCUAUUCAUCGUUGACUUACUUUAAAGAUAAUUUGCUAGACUGAUGAGGUAGAUCAGAAUGUGGAUGGCAGUGCACCAGUGUGAACACCCCUUAUAACGCAUAAGUGACAAAUAUAUGUAGAGAUUCACUGUUCUUUAACAUUACUCUAUGUACGUGUGUACCUGUUUCAAAAAUUACCCGAUAUAUUGUGUAAGAAGUGGGGCCUAAAUGUUCUUUUCUUUUAAUUAUUAAUAUGCCUAUACAUUAAUUUAUAUCUCGUUCAUUUGCGAAGUACAUAAUAACUUAUUAAGGGCUUUACUAUUGACUUGUAUGUGUAGUCUGGUAAAACAGUAGACAAAUAAGUAAAUAGACAAGUGAUCAGCGUGCCGUUGUGUAAAUCAAAAUGUGUAUGACUUUGACAAUCCACUCACUAUACUCAACAAUUUUUUCACCAAUAUACUUCUCAUCAAAAAAAUUUAAACAGUCUGCAAGUACUGUUCUGGCUGACUGUUUCGAUUUUUUGAUAAGAAGUAUAUUUUAAGUUUACUGAUUUGAGAUUUUUAUACUCCACACACGUUCUCCCUUUGAACAAAUGCGGUAGAUAAUUUUCUAUUUAUUUAUUUAUUUAGUUCUCUGUCUACAGGUCAGCUAAACCAAUCGAAAAAUCGCGACUCUAAAAUCAUGUGUAUUUAUUAAAAACGUAUGAAACACUUGAAUGAACAAGCGUUGAUAUGAAAUGAAAAGCCAACAAGUUGAUAGUAGGCCUGGAGUUUUAUUGUUUUAAUGCAAAAUUAAAAUCAUUAAAGGUUUGCUUGGCGUUAGUUGGUUGAUUAGAUACAAAAUAUGUUAAUCAUUUUAAUUUCAUGUAGUAGAAAUUGAUUAAUUUUUAGAUUACUUCCCAAAAGGAGGUGAUUUGCUUUGUUUUUAUUUUUUUUACUAGCGCCAAAUUGACCGAGCGAUGUGGAAUAUUUUUAAUGAUGACAAAAAUAUGAUUGUAUUAUAAAAAAAUACCUAUCUUUCCGCUAUUUUAAAAUGUCAAUAAAAUUUGAGAGUAAACUAUGUACUUAUCUAAAAAAUCUAAUAGAACAUACAGAAAUAUUGCUACACUAUUGUGAAUAGUAAAAAGAAAAUUGUAUCUUUAUUGAUUGGUUUUAAAAAAGUUUUAUUGUUUUUAAAACAUUAAACAUACUUGGGCAUGGUAAUUUGAUAAAAAAGUAACUGUUAUUUUUGUAAUUAUUAACUGCAUAAGUUCUUUCUAUAGAGUUUGCUAUAACAAAGGUCAGUUAGUAUGGUGCGUUUUAAAAACUUUACUAGUGAGUAUUUUUAUUUUGAAAACAGAAUGUUUUACUCUGUUUUUACUGUCUCUCUGUCUAUGUUAGAUGUUCUACGUGAAUCGAGUCAAUAGUUACCUACAAUAAUUGUAAUUGUCUAUAAGUAUACGGAAAUCCGUUAGAAAAGAACAAAACAAAAAUGCACUUUCUUCGUCCCACUUUGUCUCCUGUGGUAUAGAUAUUCUAUUUUCGGAAGACUUUUUGGAUUUAGUUGUAACAGUAGACAUACAUAUGAGUGUGAAACUUACGAAGCAUCAGCAAUGCAGAAAUGUUUAUAGAUUAGCAUUUGUCCGAGUGGUUGCUUAGCAACGGUUUUCUGGUAAACGGGCUUCGGUGUCACACGCCAUUUUUACGUAUGUUAUCAUUGCAUUUCUACUGUACACUUACUACUAUAUUCAAAACUCAAAGUCAAAGUCAAAAUUCAAAGUCUUCCACAUAAAGAAUUACUAUACUUUAUAGCAUCACAGAUAUCCAUUUGCGUAUCUAGGAUUAUUUCCUAGGGUGGGCCUGGUACCCGACAUCAAGUUCAUUAUUAGUAUCAUAAUAAAAUUCCAUAUUGGUAGCCCAGAACUCUGUCUAUCUAGAAUAAUAGUGUCUACAAUGGACCUGUGCCUCAUCGUGGGCGCAGGUCCAUUCUAGGGUGGGUCCCAGACUGAUACACUCGGGCCAAAACACCCUUUUUAAGCCGAGGUCCGAGUCUCAGAGGAGACGCCUUUAGAGAGUCGUUCCGCCCAUCUACUCUGCUUCUGCCUUCAGGCCCCAUCAGGCAACGCUUCUGCGCUCGCCCAAACCCCACGGUGACGACGCUGAUGUCCCAUAAGGAUGCCUUACACAAUCAGGAUAAAAAAAACGACUUAUCAUCUCUAUAUAUGGGAAGGGGGGGAUCCAUUUAUAGAUAUAAAUUCUAGUAUUGUCAUUAAAACGCACCAUGCUGUGAAUAGCCUAUUUUGUAUGAAUGUAAUGAGAACAUGGUGGCAUGAUCUCGUACUGCGCUCGUGCAUUGACAAAUAGACUGAUGAUUAGCGUGCCAGGAGACGUGGGGAGGUGCCAUUGAUGAUAUGACCAUAUACAAGCCAUAAGAAUUCCUGACAUCGGAACUAAAAAAAAGGGUUUACCAAAAAACCGUUCCUUAGCUCACUCACAGAUGGAAUUUAUUAUUAUUUUUCUUACAUAUCACUAUUACAACCAAAGGCCAAUGGUGUUGCAACAAUAGAAUCUUUAGAAUCUAUAAAAACUUUUAUUCAUAAAUGAAUUUCAAACGAGUACGCUGUUCCAUUUUUUUAAUAAAAAAUAACUUCAAAUACUAGUAAACUGAUUUUGACUAAAAAUGAUUUUGAAUUUAAACUGUCUCAACUGUUAUUCACAUUAAUUUAUUAUGAAACAAAACAAACUCAUCUGAUACAAUGUCUGAGUAUGCCUGACUAGUUUGUACUGUGCCGCGUCGCAAGGACCAGCUCAUGACUAUGAGCCUCGUAUGGGCUUGAAACUAGUGAGUUUAAGCCGUGUUUCAUAAUAAAUUAAUAUGAAAAUUAUGUUAUUUUUUGGCAUUGAAAGUUCUUCCUUUACAUU